GGAGAGGGUGAUGCCUUCCCCUACCGUGCCGCUGUCGGUCGUUCGUCGCUCCACCGUCACCCACCUCCGUCCAUCCCGCCGGCCCUGUAGGAGACAAAAGUGCCAUUACACAACCAGUGUCCCCCCUGCUGAAGCCCACUCAGUCGCUAGCUCCCCUUGGCUACAGAAUCACAAGAGGCCAAGCACCUGCGCCGCUAGCUAGCUGCAGCCAGAGGCAUGCGGUGAUGGAGUUCACGGGGCCGGAGCACGCCGCCGGCACGCGCGCGCCCUCCGACGCCUCCUCGGGGAACAGCGGCCAGGCGAGGUACCGCGAGUGCCUGCGCAACCACGCCGCGGCGCAGGGCGGGCACGCCGUGGACGGGUGCGGGGAGUUCAUGCCCUCCGGCGCCAACGACCUGCUCAGUUGCGCCGCCUGCGGGUGCCACCGCAGCUUCCACCGCAGGGACGACGGGCAGCAGCAACCCCGCCUCUUCCUCCCCGCGCUCGGCGCCACGCCGACGUCGGCUCCGCGCGUGCCGCUGCUCAUGCCGCCGCCGCCGCCGCACCACCCCUACGGCGCUGGGCACUCACAAGCGCUGCCGUUCCUGUACAACCCCCACCACCACCACUACCACCGCACGCCCAGCGGCGGUGGCACGACGACCGAGUCGUCCAGCGAGGAGCCCGGCCCGGGCCCGCCCUCGACGUCGGCGCACGGGCAUGGGCAGACGCAGCGGCGGAAGCGGUACCGGACGAGGUUCACGGCGGAGCAGAGGGAGCAGAUGCUGGCGCUGGCGGAGCGGGUGGGGUGGCGGAUGCUGAAGCAGGACGAGGCCCUGGUGGAGCAGCUCUGCGCGCAGGCCGGAGUCCGGCGGCAGGUCUUCAAGGUCUGGAUGCACAACAACAAGCACCACAAGAGGCAGACGCAGCCGCCACAGUCCCAACAGCAGUAGCCAUGCCAGGGGACAAGCCUAAUUUUACUUCUUGGUCUUGAUCACGGUUCAUGAUCCUUGCUUGGCUUUACUGGAUUUCUUUUGUUUCUAGACGAUGAUUGUUCGAUACUUCAAUUAUACGUAUGUAGAAUAUGGGUCACUCGGUGUGCGUGCUUGCAUUUGUCCUUAUUUUCUACGCAUUGUAUUUGAUCUGGCCUGUAAACAAGAAGAUCAAUUGACCAGUGCAA